AUGAAUGUUGAAUACCACACUUACACUGUCUUGUUUACUCUGAUCGCCUGCACUUUUGUCAAGAUACCAGCUAACCCGACAACAAAUCAUCACUCGUCUACCUCCCUUACAGACCCUUCACAUGAAAGUGGACACCAUCACGAGGAGAUAACUCCUAGUGUUUUUCUAGAGUUGGAUCUGUCUGAAAGUACAGAAGGACAUUUGGUGUGGACAAACACAAGUCAGGACCACUACAUCAGAGGAGAUAUAGAGCUCACACACAACGGACGUAUCAGGAUACAUAGAGCUGGCUACUACUCUAUCUUCUCCGCCAUUUUGUUUGACACCUUUUCCGCACACAGACGUCCCCGAAGGUCAUUGAUAGCCUACCAUGGCAUCAAGCUCUACAGGUUUGGCACACAGAAGACUCUUAUCUUCAACAAGACAACUCUUGGUCGAGCCGUGGUGCUUCCUAGCCAAACAGGUCCAUUAUACCAUUACCUAGAUGUCGGAGACGAAAUUAAAGUUGUUGUGAAUAAUAUCAACCUGAUAUAUGAUUCUGAGUCGAACUUCGUCAACGUUGUCUACAUGUUUGACAACUAA